GUGCCAGUGUGUUAGUGUAUAUGUAUGUGUGUGUGUGAGAGCAAUAAUCAAAUUUGACAACUGCGCGAAUAACGUUCGAGAUCAAAACAUCCCGGCCCCCAAAAACAAAUCAAAAUAAAUGGGCCAAGAAUUCAGUGCAAUUUUUUUUCCUGUGACCUGCCAAUAACAGAAUCCAAGCCAAUUGGCUAGCAUAGUAGUGGCUCUAUAUAUUGUUCAGAUAUCAGAUAGAUAUUGAUAGACACCUGGACUCCAGAUGACGCACCUGAUGGGUCCCACGGAGUGCGCCAGUGCCAUGAUGGGCUCCUCGAUGCAGUUCCACGACAACGGCCUGGGUCUCAACCUCACGGACUAUAGCUGUUACACCAACGACUACUGGACCACGCCCUACCUGACUGGAGGACUCAGUCCCAUGAAACAGAUUGAAGCCUGCAUCCAGACGGCUGGAAAGGAUCGCAGCUCGUACAAGCCCCUGGAACAGAUCGACGCCAAGCUGGCGGACAUCGAGACGCACAGUACUGGUAGCACUGGAACAGUGGCCAGCAGCCACAGCAGCACCAGCAACACCUCCAGCCCCACCAAUGCCCGCACUAGCCAGGACCCGGGCACGUCCUUGAUGCCCGACUAUCCGAAUGGCGGUAGCGAGGGGGCGACAGUUGUGUCUGGUUCAGGAUCGGGCAGUACGGCAGCCAUAUCCUCCGAGGUGGGUGGAGGACCCAGUGGAGGGGCCAUCUCAGCCAAGAAAUACAAAAGCCAAUACAAAAAAGACAGCAGUACGGAUAAUAGUUCCAGCAACGCAGCCAACAGCAGCAACAGCAAGGCGGUAAGUCCUUUUCAAGGAUAUGAGAGACACCUAGACACCUUAAUUUCUUCCAAAAUCAAGGACCCAGAACAAGUACAUCCCUCCCUGGCCCAGGCCGUUGUAGUCCUGGAGACGAAGGCUCUCUGGGAUCAGUUCCACGCCCAGGGCACUGAGAUGAUCAUCACCAAGACGGGUCGCCGUAUGUUCCCCACCUUCCAGGUGCGAAUCGGAGGCCUCGAUCCCCACGCCUCCUACAUCUGCAUGAUGGACUUUGUGCCGAUGGAUGACAAGCGAUAUCGCUACGCCUUCCACAACUCCUGCUGGGUGGUGGCCGGGAAAGCGGAUCCCAUUUCCCCGCCCAGAAUCCACGUGCAUCCCGACUCUCCUGCCGUUGGCGCCAACUGGAUGAAGCAAAUAGUGUCCUUUGACAAGCUGAAGCUCACAAACAAUCAGAUGGAUGAAAAUGGGCAUAUUAUUUUAAACUCCAUGCACCGCUACCAGCCGCGAUUCCAUUUGGUUUAUUUUGCUCAGAAAAAUGCGUCCUUGGAUGAAAACGCUCAUUCAAGCAACUUUCGUACUUUUAUAUUUCCGGAGACGAGUUUUACGGCCGUAACUGCCUACCAGAAUCAGAGGGUGACACAAUUGAAGAUUUCCAGCAAUCCUUUCGCCAAGGGCUUUCGGGACGAUGGCACCAAUGAUGUGACCAGUGGCGGAGGCAGCAGCAUGUCCAGCAUGAGUCAAGAAAGCCAGGCUCGCAUGAAGCAGCAACAACAACAGCAGCAGCAACAGCAACACCAGCAACAGCAACAACAGCAGCAACUGCAGCAGCAACAGCAGCAACUUAAGGAGCAACGUUCGGCCGGUAGCAACUUCAGCCUAAGUUGCACAGAUCUCGGAGUGGAGCAGCAACAGCAGCAGCAGCAACCGAGUGGAUUGCAACUGCCGGCCACGCCCUCCAGCAGCUCCACCUCCGGCAACUCCCCGGACCUGCUGGGCUACCAAAUGGAGCAGCAAUUGCAACAACAGCAACAGCAGCAGCAACAUCUGCAGAGUCAGCAAUCCCACCAGCAACAUCAGGCUGGCCAACAGCAACCGUUGCUGCAUCAGGGCCAGAAUCAGACCCAAUAUGGAAGCUAUCACCACGGCUAUCCGCAGACCCAGAUCCAGGCCCAUCCCCUCACCCCGCACUCCAGCAGCUCCGCCUCGCCGCCAGCAGCAUCUGCAACACCCGCGGCCAACACGGGAGCAACACAACUGAACAUCUAUUCGAGUAUCGGGCAGCCGUACGCCCAGGAACAGAGCAAUUUUGGGGCCAUCUACCAUCAUAAUGCUGCGGCAGCUGCUGCCGCCCACUACCACCAUGGCCACGCCCACUCGCAUGGCCAUGCCCACGGCCACGCCCCCUAUGCCACGGCGUACGAUAAGCUGAAGGUGUCGCGGCAUGCGGCGGCCUACGGAAUGGGUCCUACGUACCCGAGCUUUUACGGCUCGGCGGCCCAUCACCAGAUGAUGCGACCCAACAGUUAUAUAGAUCUGGUUCCGCGCUAGAGGAUCCUCAGAGGUCCUUCCAGAUCCAUGACAUACAGUGCUGAAAAUGUGCGAUAUUUUAUAGAGGAAUAG